CAUCACCUCUCUGCUUCAGCUGCUGAAGGUAUAAUCUUUCUGAUUUUGUGCUGCAGAAGCAGUUUAUCUCAAGUAAUAUUCAGGUGCAGGACGGGUAGUCUGUCGCAAUGAGGCUUUUAAUCUCAUUGUAUGUGAGUGUUCUGUUGCUGAUUAAUUGUGAAAUAAUCAAUGGACACAAACCAGGAUCAUGUGCUCGCCCCCCAGUACUCUGCUGUCCUGGAGAAGACCACAACUGCCAUCGAGGAUGUUAUUGUGAUGAGAAAUGCACCUAUUAUAAGGAUUGCUGCCAUGACUACAAACGGACAUGCGGUCUAAAAAACACUACAACUGUGAUCCCCACAACCAGAGAAACAACGACCACUAAGAUGUCCUCAACCACAGAAAUCACUACCACUGAGACGCCCACAACCACAGAAACAACGACCACUGAGACGCCCACAACCACAGAAACAACGACCACUGAGACGCCCACAACAACAGAAAUCACUACCACUGAGACGCCCACAACAACAGAAACAACGACCACUGAGACGCCCACAACAACAGAAAUCACUACCACUGAGACGCCCACAACAACAGAAACAACGACCACUGAGACGCCCACAACAACAGAAACAACAACCACUGAGACGCCCACAACAACAGAAAUCACUACCACUGAGACGCCCACAACCACAGAAAUCACUACCACUGAGACGCCCACAACAACAGAAAUCACUACCACUGAGACGCCCACAACCACAGAAAUCACGACCACUGAGACGCCCACAACAACAGAAACAACAACCACUGAGACGCCCACAACAACAGAAAUCACUUCCACUGAGACGCCCACAACCACAGAAAUCACUACCACUGAGACCCCCACAACCACAGAAAUCACUACCACUGAGACGCCCACAACCACAGAAAUCACUACCACUGAGACGCCCACAACCACAGAAAUCAUUACCACUGAGACGCCCACAACCACAGAAAUCACUACCACUGAGACGCCCACAACCACAGAAAUCACUACCACUGAGACGCCCACAACCACAGAAAUCACUACCACUGAGACGCCCACAACCACAGAAAUCAUUACCACUGAGACGCCCACAACCACAGAAAUCACUACCACUGAGACCCCCACAACCACAGAAAUCACUACCACUGAGACCCCCACAACCACAGAAAUCACUACCACUGAGACGCCCACAACAACAGAAACAACGACCACUGAGACGCCCACAACAACAGAAAUCACUACCACUGAGACGCCCACAACAACAGAAACAACGACCACUGAGACGCCCACAACCACAGAAAUCACUACCACUGAGACGCCCACAACAACAGAAACAACAACCACUGAGACGCCCACAACAACAGAAAUCACUACCACUGAGACGCCCACAACCACAGAAAUCACGACCACUGAGACGCCCACAACAACAGAAAUCACUACCACUGAGACGCCCACAACCACAGAAAUCACUACCACUGAGACCCCCACAACCACAGAAAUCAUUACCACUGAGACCCCCACAACCACAGAAACAACGACCGCUGAGACGCCCACAACCACAGAAACAACGACCACUGAGACGCCCACAACCACAGAAAUCACUACCACUGAGACCCCCACAACCACAGAAACAACGACCACUGAGACGCCCACAACAACAGAAACAACGACCACUGAGACGCCCACAACAACAGAAACAACGACCACUGAGACGCCCACAACCACAGAAAUCACUACCACUGAGACGCCCACAACAACAGAAACAACUACCACUGAGACGCCCACAACCACAGAAAUCACUACCACUGACACGCCCACAACCACAGAAAUCACUACCACUGAGACCCCCACAACCACAGAAAUCACUACCACUGAGACCCCCACAACCACAGAAAUCACUACCACUGAGACCCCCACAACCACAGAAAUCACUACCACUGAGACCCCCACAACCACAGAAACAACGACCGCUGAGAUGCCCACAACCACAGAAACAACGACAACUGAGACGCCCACAACCACAGAAACAACGACCAUUGAGACGCCCACAACCACAGAAAUCACUACCACUGAGACGCCCACAACCACAGAAAUCACUACCACUGAGACCCCCACAACCACAGAAGCAACGACAACUAAGACGCCCACAACAACAGAAACAACGACCACUGAGACGCCCACAACCACAGAAAUCACUACCACUGAGACGCCCACAACAACAGAAACAACUACCACUGAGACGCCCACAACCACAGAAAUCACUACCACUGACACGCCCACAACCACAGAAAUCACUACCACUGAGACCCCCACAACCACAGAAAUCACUACCACUGAGACCCCCACAACCACAGAAAUCACUACCACUGAGACCCCCACAACCACAGAAAUCACUACCACUGAGACCCCCACAACCACAGAAACAACGACCGCUGAGAUGCCCACAACCACAGAAACAACGACAACUGAGACGCCCACAACCACAGAAACAACGACCAUUGAGACGCCCACAACCACAGAAAUCACUACCACUGAGACGCCCACAACCACAGAAAUCACUACCACUGAGACCCCCACAACCACAGAAGCAACGACAACUAAGACGCCCACAACCACAGAAACAACGACAACUGACACGCCCACAACCCCAGAAACAACGACCAGUAAGAUGUCGUCAACCACAGAAACCAAAACCACUGUGACUGAUCCAUGCCUUUCACUCAACUGUACUGAAAAUGAACGGUGUGGAGAGAGAAAUGGUGUUUACGGCUGUUUCUGCAAAGACAACAACACCAGACCUGAACCUCACUCCUUUGGUUCGUCUCAAACCUGUGAGAGCAGUUCAGGAUCUAUAUCUCUGUCUCGCUGUCAGCUCUUUGAAGCUGGUUUCUCAGCUCAAGUUUUUCAUCUCAAUGACCCCAGCUGUAGAGGAACCAUCCAGAAUGGAAGAGUGCAGUUUCACUUUGAUAACAAUGAUCACAUCUGUGGCACCAGACUUGCGUCCAAUGCAACUCAUAUCAUCUAUGAGCACUUUAUUUUGGUGAAGCCAGAGUCAGCCGCAGGUCUCAUCAGCAGAGAGAAAGUACGGAAGAUAAAUUUCAGCUGUGUUUACCCCAAAACACAAAAUCUUUCUAUGAUAGAAAUCAACCCACUGGAUAUCAUUGUGCAAGAUAAUCUUCCCGCUGGUGAAGGGAGGUAUCAGUUGCGAAUGGUUCCAUAUCAGGAUUCUGCUUUCUCUCAGCCCUUCGGAGUUAGUUUUAAUGCAGAACUCAACCAGUCAAUUUUUGUUGAGGUUGGUGUUGACAGGGUUGACAGUCGUCAGUUUGUCACAGUGAUUGACACAUGUUGGGCUACACCUGUGAAUGAUCCAGAUUACAGUCUGCGCUGGGAUCUCUUCAUUAGAGAGUGUCCAAAUCCACAAGACAACACAGUGAAGCUUCUUCAGAAUGGCAACUCAACAACCAGCCGUUUCUCCUUCAGGAUGUUUAUCUUCAACGCAAACGCAACUAAAGUUUACCUGCACUGUUCUGUUCAUCUGUGUCUUCCGGCCAACAAUAACUGCUCAACUAAUUGUUCUUCGGUACAUCCCCUGAGGACGGGGAGGUCUGCGGACUUUCAUCACAGUUCUUCUAUAUCCAUGGGUCCUCUAGUCUGGUCUGGUGGAAUUUCAGAUUCAUGGAGCCCAGAAAAUUGGAUGGCAUCCGGAGCUCCAGGUCUCUGUGGUUGCUUGAUCGUUCUGCUGGUUUCACUACUGAGUGUCUGCACCAUCCUCUAGGAUAUUUACACAAUUUAGUUUUAAUGAAUUGUAUGUGUAAAUUAUAUAAUCUAUAAAAUAUCCUAACAUUUGAUUUUUCAUCUCUAAUAUCGUUAUUUGUUUUUCUAAUGAACAAACAGCAAUGGUCUUGUUUUGACCAUUUUAUUAUUCUUUCUAGCAUGAUAAUAUAAGAUUCACUGUUGAUUUAUUUUUUCUUCUGUUGCAUAUUUAAAUAUAAAAAGGUUUUCCUGCGUUUAAACAAAAAAGCAUAUUGUCAAAAUAAAGUUCCCACCAAGCAAAAAUUGGGAAGAAAUGUGA